AUUUACCUCUACAGCACCACUUCUUCUGCCCCUGAUUCAUACUGUUUACUGUGCGUCAACAUUCAGCACCACCGGACAGACAUACGGGGUAGCAACACAACCCUAGAAAUGGCGCCUCACGCCAACCAUCCCAACCCCACCCCCGCCUCGGCGUCGGCCUCCAAGAAACGCCGCCGCGAACCCUUCAACGUCGACAUCAAGCAAGUGGAAAUCUACGAAGACCUGGCGUCCGAGAAGGACGAGAUCCGUUUGAAGGCCGCCUCGGCGCUGGUCUCGCAGUUCACGCCGGACAAGAACCCCAGUGAGGAGCAGAUCACCAAGGUUUUGGGACGAUUGUUUCGGGGUCUGUGUAGUAGUCGCAAGGCGGCGCGCGUGGGGUUUUCGAUUGCGUUGACGGAGGUGCUUGCUCAGGUGUUUGGGAAUGGUACUGCAGCAGCAGCCGGUGGGGUGGCUGGGGUUUUGGAUGUUUGGGAGAGGUUGAGUAAUGCUGUUGGAGGGGAGAGUGGACAGGAACAACGCGACCACCACUUCGGCCGCCUCUUCGGCGCCGAAGCGAUCAUCAAAUCCGGGGUGUUGUUUCAGUCCGCUCCACCCAUGCAUAAAGAAUGGACCCGGCUGUUGGAUCUGGUGUUCGAGCUGGCCAAGAAGAAGCCCUGGCUGCGCGAGGAGUGCGGCUGGGUCGUCUCCUCGGCUGUGCAGCAGUUGCAGAAACUCCAGGCUAACAACUCCGCGGCCGCCAAAUGUGUGGAGGUCGCGCUCGAGCGGCUCUGCGCGCACGAGCUGGCCAAAACCCCCGAGGGCGUGGCCGUCUGGGUGCUGGCCAAGGAGGCGUUCCCCCACGCUAGGUUUCCGGGGAAGGUGUGGAAGCAUGACGAUCCGUUGGAUGCGCGCGAGAGGAAUUCGUUGGCAAAGGUGAUGAAGGAUUCGUCGGAUGGGAAGGUUGAGGAGGCGGGUGAGGCGCUGCCGGAAAAGAAGAAGGGGGCUGCUUCUUCUGGGGUGUGGAAUUCCAAGUUGCAUUUCGCCUGGGAGCUGGUUUUGAGUCGGUUGCCGGUGGGUCAGGAGUCUAAGUCCAAGGGGGCUUCGAGGCUGGGCUUUUCGGAGUUUUGGGGGGAUGUUGUUGAUAAUGGCUUGUUUGCGGCCGCCUCGUCCGAGGAACGCAAGUACUGGGGCUUCUCCCUCUUCAUCAAGGUCGUCACCGAGACUCCCCUGCCCGGCGCCGCCCAGGUCUUCACCCGCAACCUGAUCCGGUGCCUCAUGAACCAGCUGGCCGUUGAGGACCGCUACCUGCACCGCAUGGCCGUCAAGGCGGCCAAGUCGCUGCAGACGCGCGUGGCCCGGGAGCCCGCCUUCGCCGCCGCCGCGGUGCGCGGCCUGCUCAGCCCGUCCACCGGCUCCGUCACCUUCGACCAGGCCACCAAGACCAAAACCGUCGAGAAGAUCGUCGUCGAGGCCGACGUGACCGCGCUGACCGAGAUCGUCCCGCUCUUCGAGAAGCUGAUCGCCUCGCCCUGCGCCGCGGACGACACCAAGGCCGCGGCCUCCAGCCGCCAAUACCUGGCGGGCUUGCUUCUCGCCAUUGUGCGCGCUCGCGCCCCCGCCGAAGACGACGCGCAGGCCGUGCUCGAGCAGAUCCUGUUCGUCUUGGUCCGGUUCGCCUACUUCAAGGGCGAUGCAGGUUCCACCUCGGUCAGCCCGCCGCUCAGCGAGCAGACGCAGGAGCUGUUCCGGAACCGCAUUGGCUCGUGCAUCAACAGUCUGAUCGCCAAUGCGAGGUAUGCGUCGGUGCCGUCUGCGGUUGUGCGCAAGAUCCGCGACUCGGCCCAAUCGGAGGCGCACGGCAAGUUCAUUGUCAAUAUGGAUGCGAUGAUUGAUGAGGCGGUCAAAAAUGCGUUCAAGUCGUUGAAGAAGUUAGCCAGCAUGGAAAAGCAAGACAACGCUGCCAGCGUCGACGCGUUCCGUCUCCUCUACUCCCUGACUAUUCUGCAGGUGUACAACGGGGACGCGGACGCGGCGUCUAUGCUGGAGGAGCUGGAUUUCUGCUACACGAAGAUUUUCGGUGCGGCGGAGAAGAAGACGAAGAAGGACAAGAAGAAGGACAAGAAAACGACCGCCGAGGACCACGAGGAUGAGGAGACCUCCGCUGCGGACGCGUUGGUCGAGAUCCUGCUCAGUUUCGCCUCCAAGCAGUCCCCGCUGUUCCGCCGCAUGAGCGAGCAGGUCUUUGGGGCCUUUGCCGACAGCAUCACCGAGAAUGGGCUGGAGUCGCUGACGGCCAUCCUGGAGGCCAAGGAGAGUCUGGCGGGGCAGCAGGAGAUGUUUGAUCAGCAGGACGAGGAGGGUGAUGCGGAGAUGAUGGAUGUGGAUGUGGAUGUAGAUGAGGAGGACAGUGAUGUGGAGGUUGUUGAGGCGGGGGAUGAUGACGAGGAAGAUGAGGAGGAGGAAGAGGAAUCCGACGAGGAAGAUGACGAAGAAUCAUCUGGUGAUGACGACGAAGAGGCCAUCUUCGAAGCCAAGCUGGCCGCCGCGCUAGGCACGCACCGCGCCGACGCGGACGUCGGCGAAGCCGACACCUCCGACGACGACGCGGACAUGAACGACGACGAGAUGGAGGAGCUGGACGAGCAGCUGGUCAAGGUGUUCCGGGCGCGGCGCGACGCGCUGGGCCAGAAGAAGGACAAGAAGGACGCGCGCGAGAACAUGGUGCACUUCAAGAACCGCGUGCUCGAUCUGCUGGAGAUUUACGUCAAGAAAUGCCACGCCAAGCUGCUGGCGCUGGAUCUGCUGCUGCCCCUGCUGCGGCUCACGCGUCGUUCCACCAACAAGCAGAUCUCCACCAAGGCUGGCCAUGUGCUGCGCGAGUUCACCAAGCAGUGCAAGGGCUCCACGGGGCUGCCGACGAUCCGUGAGGAUGAGGAUGAGGAGUCGCGGGAGGCCGUGUGGGCGCUGCUGCAGUCGAUCCAUGCGGAGGCGGCGCACAGUGGGCCCCCGGCGCACGCGGCGGCGUGUAGCCAGGCGAGUCUGUUGGUGGUCAAGGUGCUGGUCGCGCAGAACAGGGAGCAUGUGGCCCGCGUGGUGGAUGUGUAUAGCGAGACGCGCAAGAUGCAGUUGCUGAGUCGCAAGUGUCAUGUGCCGCCCUCGUUCUUCACGGAUUGGAAUAACUGGUGUGUGUCGUUUGGGAAGCAGAAGAAUUAGUAGCUGGGGUUGUGUUGUUCUGGUUUGGGGAAAAGUUACAUACAGUACAUAGAUCGGGCUGCUGCUGUGUGCGAUUUUGAUUAAAG